AUGUGGCCAAAAGUGUUGCUGUGUGGCCUGCUAGUCGUUGGUUUCGCGUUGCUGGCUGUUACCGCCAACAGUGAAGAGUUGCUGCGUGGCCAGGAAAGUUGCCUCCGUCAUCCAGAUUUUCCCAGCCCGACCGAGUGUUGCUCGCAGCCUCGCUGGAUCAAUCAGUAUGCGGUCCAUCGGUGCCGAUUUAUCCAUGCGGAGGUCGAUGGAGACCGGUACGAGCGUGGGUCGUGUGCGGCACGUUGUGGUCUGUACCGGAUCAACAUCACGAUGACCGAUCGCAUCCAUCGGGUGCGCAUCUUUCGGCCCCGGUUGCAGACGCGGGGCGUCGAUCCGGCCUGGAUCAGCGUGGUCUUGAAGGCGCUCAGCUACUGCAAGCCGAAAAUCACCCAUCUGCAGGGUCGCUACGUGCGGAACAACGAGGAGAUGGAGCAGUGCGAGAUAGCCGAGGACAUGUUCGGCGAUUGCGUGCAGGCGCAAAUGUUUAUGCACUGCCCUCGGACCACGUGGCUCUCGUCGCAUUCGUGCAACGCUAUGCGGGAGCUGCUGGUCGACGGAUGUCCCUUCAAAUCGCUCGGCGAUGUGGUUAUCCUGCACGACGAGGGGCGAGUUCGCGGUGACGACCCCUAUGACGACACAUACGACCGACCGUACCGGAAUGGACGGACCGAAAGGCCACGCCAUGGCGACGACUACGAUUACUAG